UACACAAUCGAUAGUUUAUACGUUACGUAUAUAUUUAUAAAUUUUUAGCAGUAUUGACAGUGAAUUUUGAAACACAGCCAAAAUUUACCUAGUGACAGUGAUUAUCGUGUGAGCACUCACUUGUUCGAUGUUUUCUAAACGUAUAUUACGUGACUGUGAUAUUCAACUUUUUUCGUCCUUCCCGCCUUGGCUUCGCUAUCUCCGAAGGCUGUGCAUACAUACUCGAAGAGUAUCUGUUAUGUAUACAGUGGAAGCAGAGGAAUAAACAGACUUUACAUAACAUUAAACAUCUAACACAUCAUUGUGUUCGGGAAAGUCGACAUUUCACAUUGGCACUCAAUAUUGAAGAUAAGUUGUUCAUGUAGAAAAUGUGUGAACAAACAUGGACUGUAAUACAGUUUGAACAAGAUUGUUCUGUGGAAGCGGUACCCUCAACAUGGAUUCAAGGGCAGUUUUGCUAUUGGCCUACAUACUCAAGAGACAAAAUAACGAGUGCAAUAAGGAAGCAUGAAUCUUUAAAUACAUGUUGGCCUAGCUACAAAAUAAGAAACUUCAGAAAUUCUACGUUUGAUAACUAUUCCAAAGCACGCUCAAAAGCACAUAUUGCUGAAUUUACGAGCGACUUAAAUUCUGAAGUAGAAACUAAUACUAAAAGAAAAGUAUAUAAAAAAAUUUUAACUUCUUCUUCAUCAGAAGAGAACUUAAUACCACAACCACCAAAACUAAAAACAAAAGUUAAAAUGGGAAAAAAAAUAAAUUCUGUAAGAAAAGAAAGUUCUGAAAAAUCAAUUAAUGUUGAUCAGUAUGAAAUAUCCAAUACCGAAAUUGAUAAUUCAAUUCUUGAUGAAAAUGUAGAUUUCCUAAAUUAUGAAAGAGAAUUAAUUAGUACGCCACGUAAUUCCCCCUACAGUCACCUCAGUAAGAGAGAAAAAUUUGAUGAGAAGACUGUUAAAAACUUAGUGGCUCAAAAUUAUUUAAUACGUAGUGUGGUUCUGGAUAUACUCUCUGAAGUUAAAGAAAUUAAGUUGCAACUAAAAAAUAAUUCUCAGGAAAUAAAUACCCGUGGAAAAGAACAAAUAAUUUCGGUAUUUAAUAAUAAAGAUAAUGAUAUAAAUUUUCCACUUAAAACCGAAGAAGAACUGCAGAUAGUGGAAGCCGUCUUAGAAAAUGACGACGAAAUUACUAAAGCGAUGACUGAGUUGCAACAAUUAGGAGGGAACAAUGGAUAUGAAUUUAUUAGAAGAUGUUUAUCUAUGAUAUUAACAAAUGAGAUUGCGGAUAAAUAUAGUUUUUUUGGACGAAAGAAGAAAAAAGCGUUUUGUAACCUUAAUAUUUGCAAAGUUUUAAUAAGUGCCUCUAAAAUAGGAGGAUAUUGUCAAACAACUAAAGAAGCAGAAAAACAUAUUCAAGGAUGGUUGAGAAGAGCUGCUGAAAGAGGAAAACUGAGACAAUAAAUUUAAAAUACAUCUUAUAUUCUGUAUUUGCAAAGGAUGAUGAGACAAGAGAUGAUAAUGAUGAUGAUACGAAAUCUCGUCGGAUAGUAACAUCCAGAUCACCAUACAGCACUACCACAAUACAAAGUGCCUAAGCAAUAUGCAGCUGUUGUAAUAGGAAGAGGUGGUUCAGUGAUCAAAAACAUACAAGAUAAAAGUGGCACACAUAUUAAUAUGAGUAAAGAUGAUAUAGAAUCUCCGUAUCGUCUCUGUGUUAUACAAGGAAAAGAAAUGGAAGACAUUCGUUUAGCAGAGUCAAUGAUCAAAAAUAUAAAGGAAAUCAGCCUAUCAUUGAGA